AUGGUUGUUUCUCCGCAAAGCCCUGCUAGCGAAACGCAAAGUGUAAAAUCUAAAAACAACAUGGCUUCCAAGCCAACACAAUCCGUUGCGGAUACUCGAGCAGAAUUAGCGGAAUUAGUGAAAAGGAAAGCCGAAGUAGCUGAAACACUUGCUAAUUUAGAACGACAAAUAUAUGCGUUUGAAGGAUCCUACUUGGAAGACACUCAAUUAUAUGGAAAUAUUAUACGAGGUUGGGACAGAUACUUGACAACAAAUAAAAGUACCAACUCUAAAGCUGACAAAAGAAAUAGAAAAUUUAAAGAAGCUGAAAGAUUGUUUUCAAAAUCAUCUAUUACUUCUAUGGCCGCUGUUAGCGGUUUAGUUGAUGCUGCUGAAACCAAGAAUGAAAGGAAUAGUGAAACUGAAUCACAAACUAAUGAAGACUCUUCAGACACCCAAAUAAGUACCGGCCUGAGUGCAUUAAAUCAUACAACGAUUCAUGGUUCCACUGAAAGCUUAGCCUCUAAACCCUCAGGCAAGCAACAAUUAAAUGGAAGCUUAGAAAAAGUUGCAACUAUGAUGAAACAAAGUACACCUAAAAUUGUUACAAGUGGAUUAUUACAGAAAUCAUUUACAUGUGAUUCAAAGCUACUGUCUGGAAUUGGUCUUGAUAGUAGGCCGGGUACUCCUAAAGAAAAGGAUAUUGCUCUUGGCCUAUUGAGUAAAGGUGACUUUACACCAAAUGCUCUUAAACAUAAACUAUCUAAUAGUAGUAGUAAUAGCAAUGUUAAGAAGAAUAACAAUAAAAAGGCUAGAUAUAGAUAA